GAAGAUGACACUGAGUUAUCUUUCCGGUGGAUGGAGAUUGAAGAAACUUUUAGAAGACUGUUUCUGAAGCAUUUUUUCUGUUUCGAAAACGGAUUCGAAGCUGCGUCAUUACAGGAAUAGUAUUGUGUUUUGUACUUGGCUAUGAUGCGAACAUACACACCCUUCUGAAUUCACGGGUUCAAUGUUAACUGCAGUUAUUUAUUUUCACAUAUGUUCCGCUUUGUAAUGAUAACGGAAUACGAAUUAAAACAAAAGGAAUUCUAUGAAACUACUAUAAGUGACCUCGUUCGAAGUGCCUGCAGUGGGAAGAGAAGAUUGCGUGCCUUUAACAGAGCAUUUCGUGAGUAAUCGUAAUAGUUUAGGCUUGUCUGGUGCGUAGACGAUAACCUGAUAACUGGUGCAGUGUAAACCCGGCAACGGUGCCUUAUUGCAGUGCCCACUCAGUGUCGAAGCCACGGUGAUUGGAUGGCGAGUGUGUUUCGUGCAUUUCAUGGUGCCUAAGACUCCUUGUGAUUGCCUUGUGAGGGAAACGACUGAAGAAUUGGAAAGAGAAGAUUGAAGGGAUAACGAAACAUAAUAAAAACAUUGGAGAUUAUCCUGUUGAAAAACAGACUAACCGUGAAUUCUGUCAUUUGAUGAAUAUGUUUGAUCCUCGCACAGCUGAACGAAAACAAUUCAGACAUAUUUAAAAGGUUGGCCAAAGAGAUCUCCCCCGGUAGACUUUUCCUCCGCUGACCCCCCUUGACUCGGCCUCAGGAUGGUUCGCGUGUCGUGGGGCGGAGAGGUGGUCAUCGCCGACCUCGCCCACGUGGCUGGCGACGGCGGCAACGGGGGCGACGGCACCCACUCCCGCCCGCUGGAUGUCACCACCUCCUCGCCCACCUCCACGACCACUCCGACGGUCACGCCCACGACCUCCGCCACGCCCUCGGAGACGCCCACGAUCUCUCCGGCGCCGACGGACUCCACCCCGCCGACGAUAUCCCCCCUGCCUCGGGCGCCGACGGCCAUCGUGGAGGCGCUGUCCGACGGGGAGGAGAGCGCCGUGUCCACCUCGUUCUCCGACGACCACCGAUCGCUGCGGGACGACCUGCACGACGACCUGAGCUCCCCGCGGCCCCGCAGCCCCAGGACGAAGUCGGAGAAGAGCCGCCUCAUCCGAAUGGCCGACGACGACAACAACAACGGCAACUCCAACGGCAACGGCGACGUGACCAUCAGCAGCGACGACUACCGGCGGUUCCUCACCCUCAAGGGCAGCCCGCCCGACGCCAAGACCAAGGUGGACAUCAAGAUCGCCCCGACGGCGCCGCCCGAGGACGACAUCUUGACCUCGAUGGACCGCAUGUUGGCAACCCUCAGCGACCUUGAGGACGACCUCGAACCGAUAGACGGCAUAGACACCGAGUCCGACUCUGAUAUCGACGAAGGCUGCAGCAAGGAGGGAACUCCUGACGGACAAAUGGAGACAAUUAUUCGACAAAUCAAAGAUUUCUACGAGCACCAAAGAAAACCAGUUUCAGGGUAA